ACACUCUCUCUCUCUUUCUCUCUCUCUCUUUCUCUCUCUCUUUCUCAGUCUGUUUUAAGAAGCAAUGCAGUACGAGUGAGCGCUGAGCUGCAGCAACAUCACUGCCUCAGUGUCAGCCGCUCUGCAGCAUGCAUCAAGAAACACUUCAUCCACACUUUCUGCUCCACGGGAUGUGAGUUCAGAUAAGUGAUCAGGAUGGUAGCAGAGGCCUGGACUGAUGCGGACAGACCGACGCGAUGGAGGAGACAACACCAGACCCUGCUUUUGUGGACGUGGAUCAGGGUCUGACCCUGGCAUGCAUCGCCUUCCUCUGUCUGCUGCUGGUGGCGAUGAUCAUCCGCUGUGCCAAAGUCAUCAUGGACCCCUACAGCGCCAUUCCCACGUCCACCUGGGAGGAGCAGCACUUGGACGAUUAGCACUAACACCAUGCUUCAACCAGUACACACUAUGGGAUAUUUAAGCUGCUAGUCAUCUGGUGUAAGUCCACACAAUUAAAAGAGGAUCUCAAAGUUUUGAUGGCAUCUUUAUGGAAACUAACUUGAAUUCUUUGCAUCUAACUCUAUCAAACAAGAAGGCAUGAAUCCUGAAAUGACACCCACGCCCUCUCUUUUGCUCCUGCCCUGGAUGGGGUUCAGUAAAAUGAAAUCACUCCAAAACAGAAGCACACAAAGCCACAGAAUCAGACCAAAAUCAGACACUUCCAAACCAUACCAACCUGAUGCAGCUGUACUCACAAACCAGUGCAUCCUGAAUUUAUAAGAAACAAGGGAGCAAAUUUAUAUUUUUAUAUUAUAAAAUAAUGAAAUACACAUCUGAGUAAGGCCCUGAACACACGUCUAGAUACGCAAGCUCAAUUUUGUACGCAAACGAAGCUGCAUUCUUAGCAUUGCCACAAGGGGUGCUAUAGCAGACAGAAACUUUCUUCUUCUACUGUCAGUCUUCUCUUACACUGUCAUUGUGGAGCAAAGGUUAGUAAAUAUAUUUAUUUAUGGUUUAUUGGCACAGACGUUUGCAGUUAACUCUAUUGUAACCACCCCUGCAAGUACAGUUUGUACAAUUUGACUGCAUACUUGGUGAAGCAUUCACAUUUACCGUGUUUUUGGUCUGAAUUGUGGGGCAAAAAAGAUGAAAAACCCCAUAAACUGUUGCAUUUAUCUUAACGUUGUCUUUACAAGAGCAUCUGUCUCUUUCAGUUACAAUCUGAUUUGCUGAUGUUUUUUGAGUCUGUUGUCCUUGAUGAAGUGUUCACAUUUGCAGAGAGCUUUAGUCUGCACUGCAUGAUAUCAAGUGCCUCAGCUGAAGUCAUAUAAAUCAAGUCAUGAAUGUAUCUUUUAUUAAUGUGAAGGACAAACCAACAAAACGCCAGUGUCCUGUUUGAUGAGAAAAUGCAAUGUCUGUUCUCAACCACAAUAAAGAUUAUAUUGAUUCCAA